UCUUUUAAUGUAGACAGGGCUUCACAGACAAAGACUUUAUUUAGAGCAGACUAGUCCAGACUGACAAAUGAUUUUGCGAAGGGGAGUGUGCCUUGCUGGGACUGGGCGUCUGUCAGCACAAUAGUUCACUGGGAGGUUUACUCACGCUGUGCUGUACUGUAUCAGUGUAGAUAUCAAUGCAUAGUCCACUCUGCUUAAAAACCUACAGGGAUUGGAGAACAAGAAACACCUUCAAUAUAUAGCACACACUUUUCUGUAGUCUGAAGACACCAUGAGCGAGCGAUUCGACUGUGAUAACUGCAAGGAGUCCCUGUAUGGCAGGAAGUAUAUCCAGUCGGAGGACCGUCCUUACUGCAUCCCCUGCUACGAUAGCCGAUUCGCCAACACGUGUGAUGAGUGCAAAGAACUGAUCGGGCAUGAUGCCAGGGAGCUGUUCUAUGAGGAUCGUCACUACCACGAGCACUGCUUCCGCUGCUUUCGCUGCGACCGCUCGCUGGCAGACGAACCCUUCACCAGCCAGGAGGAGGAGCUGCUCUGCAACGACUGCUACUGCAAUGAAUUCUCAUCCAAGUGUGUCGCCUGCGAUGAGACAGUCAUGCCAGGCACACGGAAGUUGGAAUACAGUGGUAGCACUUGGCAUGAAAGCUGUUUCAUUUGCAACAGUUGCAAGCAGCCUAUAGGAUCGAAGGCUUUCAUUCCUGAUAAGGAGGAUCAUUACUGUGUUCCCUGCUACGAGAACAAGUUCGCCCCGCGCUGCACUCGAUGCAAGAAGACGCUAGCCAAGGGUGGCGUGACCUACCGUGAUGAGCCGUGGCAUAAAGAGUGCUUCGUCUGCACUGGCUGCAAGACCCAGCUGGCUGGCCAGCCCUUCACCUCUCGGGAAGACAGCCCCUACUGCCUGAAAUGCUUCGGCAACCUGUACGCCAAGAAGUGUGAAGCAUGCAGCAAACCCAUCACAGGUUUUAGCGGAGGUAAAUACAUCUCGUUUGAAGAGCGCCAGUGGCACCAGACCUGCUUCACCUGCUCCAGAUGUUCCACCUCCCUGGUGGGGAAAGGCUUCUUCCCAGAGAACGAAGAGGUCUUGUGUCGAGAGUGUAACAGCGACCUAUAAACCAGUGGCUCUUGGCAGUCCUUUAGAGACCACACCAUAUUCAUUGAAUAAACCCACUGAAAUAGAAAAGGGUGCAUCUGGAAGUAUAUGGAGAAUGUUGAGUGUGUGAAUGGACCUGAUUUUUUUUCAAAGAAUUAAGAAACAAAUAAUAGCUGCAUCGAUUUAUAUCCUCGUUUUGAGUUUAGAUUGAAUCUCUACUCCAAAUCCAUUAGCUCAUUUUUUUUUUUUUCAGAAAGGAAAAAAAACGCAACCAAGUACAUUUUUAAUGUUCAGUAUAUCCAUGACAAAUAUAUAUUUGAGCCAGAGCUCUUUCAAAAUGCUUUUUGUUAAUGUUGCUGUUUAUUCUUUCAGUUGAAGGUUUCAUUUUUGAAUGUAUAUUCAAACUGUUUUUUUUUCCCCAGUCCACUCUAGUAAUACUGUGAUGUACAUUAGAUAUUUGGGCAUGGUUAGGUAUACACUGUACAGGCUUUUUGGUAAAAUGCAAAUCAAACAAAAAAUGUCUAAUAAAAAAUUAAACGCGACCCAUACAUAUCAUUAUUUUUGAAUAAUAACGCUUGCUUUAUUUGUUCACGAUUUUUAAACUCAUGAAGUAGUGCAAGCCAAGGUCUAAAAUUAGCAUUUUUACCUUGAAUGUACAGAACAUUUGUAUUUGAAUGCAUCUUAAGCUCUCUUUUCAAAACCAAUAAAACUGGGUACCAUAUAUACAUUUCCCUAAAAGGUCCAUUGGUUUUCUAAAGUAUGACAUAUGAGUAUGUAUGUACUAAUAUAUAUACAUACAUAUAAAUAGGACAUACGUACUCACUCUUCAUUAUACAGUGUUUUGAGUAUCAUGCAUGAUCAGUUUUUUGUAACCACUAUUAAAAGUCCAAGUAAAAAGGAUUAUGUUUAUCAUUUAGGUUUCACACACAGAUCUCCCCAUCAUUUUACCACUAACACACAACUUUUUGUAUUUUUCUAUCUAUGCUGUGUUUUCUUCUUCCCUACAUGUAUGUUAUCUUGAAUAGUAUUAUUGCUUUGUAACCAAACGGUUUGGAAAAGUGGGCUAGCCCCCAAACUCCACAUUGUACUUUGUUAAAGAGAUGAAGGGGUAGAUGUGCUGAAGUGUUGUGGCUGUCUCAAUAGUCACAAAUCAGUUGCAAACGAGUCAGAAGUCUGGGGUGAAAUGUACUAAACAAGCGUAAUGCUGUUAGCGACUUUUUAGGGAAUGCUUUACAGCAGCAGUUUUGCUUUGCUGUUCAGCCUUGGGGCGUUCCUGCAUGAAUUUGCAAAAAGGGGGUGGAGAGUCUCAAAUAUUAUAUUGAGGUGUACUAAAGCUGCCUGCCAUUGAAACACUUACAAUUGCAUCAAUUUAACUUUUUGAAAGCAUGUUUUAAACAGUCGCAAUUAUUGAUGGCAUUUCCCAGUGUGCCUUUUCUUGUGGUUGCCAGUUGUGCUCAAUGCAUUUGAGGCGAACGGUCAAAUACCUAUUUUUCCCUAAAUGCAGGGUGUACUUGCAAGCCUUGAAAACCAAAUUUCUGUGACACUUCUGGUUUCCCCAAUGUGUCGGGAGCAAUAGACUGCACACAUGUGCCUCUAACCCCUCCAGCUCAUUCCGAACAUCUGUGUAGGAAUAGGAAACCUAUUCUGUUUAAUGAGCAGGGGGUUUGUAAUUGUGCACAAUUUAGCACUGCACCACUGACUAACUUUAAAUAGAAACUGACCUAUACAUUUGUCUUAUAGGCUACUCAUGAUAAUACAAAUUAGUGGUAUGUUUGCAUUUUUUUUUUUUUUUUUUUUUUGAUUUUUGAAAAAGCUGACACCUAUCGGACAAACAUCCAGUUUAGACAGGGGCUACUAUAUGGUUAUGAGAAGUUUUUUGAUAGAAACACAUUUUUUAUUUGGGGG